AUGACAGGUUAUGAUGAAUAUAUUGAUUCUUCGCAAGUAACGAUUUAUCAUCUGAUUCCAUACUGCCGAAGACCAGAUCAAAAUGAAAUAAAAGAUCAUUUGUCAAAUAUUUCAAUGAAUAAUAUAGACAAAAUUAUUACAUUUAAUGAAUUAUAUAAACAAGGUGUAACAAGUCAGCAAUUACUUGAAUGGUCGGUACCAAUUGAUAUUGCCGAAAAAUAUGAAAUGAAAGUUUUAGAUUUAACAAAAGUUUUUUACAAUUGUUCAUUACCUUGGUUUGGUCCUAAAUGUCAAUACAGAUUUGAUACUAAGCUACCAGUGUCAUUUGAUGAUAUUGUUCGAAGAAAUUUUAUUCAUCGCAUGGCACAUGACAUGUUGUAUGAUGACAAUAUUGGCACAUGCUAUUCUUUCCUUACUAACUGCUAUAAUUAUCCACUAUCAGUGUGUCUCGAUUGGCGUGAAAUUUGUGAUGGAAAAUUGGAUUGUACGAAUGGAGAAGAUGAAAAAUAUUGUCAAUUAUUGGAAAUGAAUGAAUGUCCUGAUGACACAUAUCGAUGCCAUUAUGGUGGCCAAUGCAUUCCAUUAACAUUUGUAAAAGAUGGACCUACAAGUCCAGAUUGUCUUGACGGUACUGAUGAAAUAGAAUUAUAUGAAGAAGAGCUUUACCGUUCUAAAAGUGCUUGCUUAACUUUUCCAACAUUUCGAUGUGAAGAACAUACCAGCCGGCAUCUUCGGUCUUUUCCAUGUGGUGACGGUCAGUAUGCUUUUUCGGAUAUUGGACUUCUAUCUGCAAUCCGUCUUUGUGCCAAUGGUCGAGAUAUGAUAGCGACAUUCUAUCGAAUGAGAUUUUUAUCUCGGCCAUUAGAAUCUCUUUUUGUUCAAAUGUUCGACUCCACAUUGGUCUCGAAUAUCGAUAUUUUAAAACAAAUAUUACUGAAUUCAACAUCAAUAUAUAUGAUGAUCCCUUGUGAAUCUAUAGGAAGAAAAUGUUUAACAAAUUGGCUUUUUAAGGUUGAAGUAUACUACGCUUAUUCAAAGUUUCAUUUUAUUUAUUUACCGAAUAGAUUAUUGAUAGAUUUUGCUUUGUUGAUUAAUCCUGAUUUUAUUUGUUUCAAUCCUAAAGAUUGUCCUGCACUGACGUAUUGCGUCAUAGAUAUCGGUAUAAAUAAUGGACUUGUUUGUUGUGCUGCUAGUGAAUUAUCUAAUGAAUUAUUAAAUGGUGGCAAUGAAAUGCAAGAUGCUCUUGAAAAAUUAUUUAUUCGUUGUUCAACGACUGGCAUAGAACAAUCUUGUUCACAUUCAUCACUUUUUCAUUGUUCACUUUCAUUGAAAUGUAUUUCAAAACAUCGUCUUGUUGAUGGAAUUAUUGAUUGUUAUUUUGAAGAAGAUGAAGUAUUUCCUACUUGUCAAUUAAACGACUCAAAACGAUUUAUUUGUGAAUCUGAACAAAAUAAAUGUUUAUCACCAAUAGCAGUGCAGAAUGGAAAGAAUGAUUGUCAAAAUGAAGAAGAUGAAAUGACUGAAAAUCAACGUAAUACUUUAAAAGGAGAUGUUCCAUUUGCUUUGUUAUGUGAUGGAAAAAAUCAUUCAUUACUAUUAAAAUCGAAUGAAACCGAUGAAACAAAUUGUCAAUAUUGGCCAUGUAAUAAUCCUUAUGUUCGAUGUAAUCGUCUUCAAAAUUGUGCUGAUGGUACUGAUGAACAUAAUUGUCCCAAAUUAAAAUGUACAUGGAAGGAACCAACUAUCAAUGAAAAUAUAAGUGGAAUAAAAAAUUGGUAUUGCAAUCGAGGAAUUAUCAUUCAUUUUAAUGAUAAUAAAACAAAUAAAUGUUUAUGUCCACCUAGUUAUUUCGGUGAUCGAUGUCAAUGGCAAAAUCAACGAAUAAGUUUGACACUUCAAUUAGUACAUCGUGUUGAAACUUAUACAAUCGCAAUAUUUCAAAUUAUUAUCAUGCUUAUUGAUGAACAAAGACAAAUAACAUCAUAUCAUGAACAAAUAACAUAUGUACCAAAACGUGAUUGUGGCACAAAAUAUAAUAUUUA